AUGCAACCACCAUCUGCAAGUGGGCCACAAGUGUGCUGCAUCACUGCCCUUGAUUUGAUAAACGCUUAUUUUCAGAAAGAGGCGUGGGGAAAGGGUGUGAGGGUCCUCAGGACAGUCCAGUGCCAGAUCCAGGCGAGCCAGGGUAUUUACCGCGAGGCGCCGGUGGCUGAAGGACGUGGAUUCCACGGGAACGAAGAGGCCAAGACAGAUCCGCAUAUAACCUCUGCGUGUUGUCGUUGUGUUGACCACGUGUAUGACGAUCAGGAUUAUCCCGUGUACGAGUGUAGUGCUGCUGCUGUAGUGUAG